AGUCUUAACAAUUAAAAAGCAUAUCGACUGCAAAGCCGAGUCGAGAAUGGUGCUCCUGGAGACGAGGGAUGGCAGGGCAAUUCGAGCAAGUCUGGACCUGCUCGAGCGAUCCUUGGUAAUGGGUGAAAUGUGUCGCGUUGGCGAAGACUCCAAAAACGAGGAUUUCGUUAUCCCGCUGCACGGCAUUCACAGCAGCGUUCUGCUGAAGAUCCUCCUAUGGACCCAAUACCACAAGGGACAUGAGGAGCCCGCCUGGGUGUCCAAAAAUGAACAUCUUUCGGCCGAUAAUAUUGACAUUCAAACCUCCGACUGGGACAAGGAGUUCCUGCGCGUGGAUAUCGAACACGUUUGGGAUCUCAUGGAGGGCUCCAAUUACCUGGACAUCCCUUGGCUGUACAAGCUCUGUGCCCAAAAACUAGCUUUCUACAGUCAACGAAAUACUGUGUCCGAGGACAGCAAAUACUCGAAGAUGAUACCAUUGUGGAAAGAGUUCCAGGCACUCACCACUGAACAGCACUUAGAAGACUUAGGCUUAGAAAAAAGAAACCACCUUCGAUUCAUUUCAAAUUGAAAAUUUAUUAACCCAAUGAUUAAGAAAUCAAUUCAGGUCCACAAUUGCAAAUUACAUUUUAUCAGGACCUUAUAAGUUAUUUAAGAAAUUAAAUAAAUCGU